CGCCUUCCCCCCUCCAAUAACGACGUCGGUCGCACGCCCCGGAUCUACCGGAGAAAUAAUCAUCACCAUCUUCGCUUCUGGUCUUUCUCCGCGCGCAAUUUCUCAACUCAACACGUCGCUUUGCUUUCAUCAGCGUUAUCUCGCAUUUCAAGUUAUACAAUCGCCGUCAUCAUGUCGGACAGCACGGGCAAUAAGGGCGACCCGGCGGUCACUACGCCGGUUCCUCCCAUCGAACCUCUACAACUUGCUGUCCCCGGUUUAUCAUCGGAGUCCACAGAGGUCUUGAAUACUACUCCACGCCUGGACAGUACGAGUGAUGAGACCCAGGAACUGAGUCUGACAGAUGGCAAAUCAGCAAAUGUCGCCGAAGCCCCCACAGCAACACAUGCCUCGCAGCAGAACCCCAGCGAUGCUCCGUCUGCCAGCGCAUCGGCUGGCGAUCACGGUGAACUGAAAGCUCCAGUAGCCGCGGGCGAGGCUUCCCCUCAGAAUGUAAAGGAAGAGGACGACUCGGGACCACAGCUAGUCAUCACUCUAUUGUUGAUCACUGGCUCCCGGCACCCGUUCAAGAUUGAUGCUAAAUAUCUCAAGAAGCAACAAGUCAAUGUUGAAAACCUGGAUCCUUUCGCCAUGAGCGUGUAUACACUGAAGGAACUGAUCUGGAGGGAAUGGCGACAAGAAUGGGAGACACGGCCGUCCUCGCCUAGUUCGAUUCGAUUGAUCUCCUUUGGAAAGCUCCUGGACGACAAGUCCCCAUUAUCAGGUACGGCAGUCCCUACGAGCCUCAAUCGUGUCUCCAUACUGACUAUUCUAGACUGCCGAUUUAACCGAGAUGCUCCUAAUGUGGUGCACAUGACCGUAAAGCCCCAAGAGAUCGUGGACGAAGACGAUGCCAAGGGAGCCAAGGCCCAAUACACCCGUGAACGUGAAUCCAGCGAGCGUAGCCCUGGAUGUCGCUGCAUCAUUCAAUGAGCACGGGUUUUCGAUUUGGUGCCUCGAAGGUCCCCGUGUCGGAAAGCGGCUACCACAAGGGGAUGAAUUCCCUUGGGUUCUAUGACGUCGUCCUCUCAUGCUGUCAUCUGCAAAGCCACGUAUUCUAUCCCUUGCCGUUGAUCAUAUUUCCUAUGGCUAUAAGCCAUUUCUGGGAUUUUCCAAGGAUACCUAGUCUAUCUGCUUCGGCAUUAAAGGCGGCGCACCAGGUUAACUACC